AAGGGAAAAAAAAAUAAAAUAUGCGAGAAGGGGUGUGUUAAAGCUCCAACGUGUCCCCGUGCUGUGUAUGUGUGUGUGCGCGCGCGCCGACUGGAUCCAGCCGACAGCAAAUGCGAAGGAGCCGCCGCACGAUUCGAACACCGCGCAGAGGCACUUUAAUCAAUGUCUGACUGAUUUAUGUGUAUAUUAUAUUUGGUGUACAGUGCGCGCGGGGACCAUAUCAUGGCUCAGGUCGGCAACGGCGCUGGAACGGCGGACGACGAUGAGCAAUUUGAAGAUGCCUUUGACAGGAUUCCUGUAACAUCCAAGAUGGACCUCAAGACGUCCUUGGAGGAGUGCACCAUAGCUCUGAACCUUGUCCUGAACAACCGGUUCUCUGAGGCACUGGACCUUCUCAAGCCCUGGGCGAAGGACAGUAUGUAUCAUGCCCUGGGCUACAGCAGCAUCCUUGUCAUGCAGGCAGCCAUGACCUUCGAGCACAAGGACAUCCAGACGGCCAUGGCUACAAUUAAGGAGGCCUUGCAAACGUGCCAGAGGUUUCGGAAAAGGAACACAGUUGUGGAGUCUAUAUCAAGCCUUGUUUCUAAACAAGCAGACAGCCUGAAGGAAGAGGAGAUGCACGCUGAAAUCUGCUACGCGGAGUGCCUGCUGCAGAAAGCCACUCUCACCUUUGUGCAGGAUGAAAACAUGAUCAGUUUUAUCAAAGGUGGACUCAAAAUCCGGACCAGCUAUCAGAUCUAUAAGGAGUGCCAGCAUGUGUUAAACAUGACCCAGGACCUGGCUGGUACUAGUGAGGCCUUCAGACAGUUUGAAGGUGGAGUCAAGCUGGGCAUUGGCUCCUUCAACCUGAUGCUCUCUCUCCUGCCUGGCCGAAUCCUGCGUCUGCUUGAGUUCAUUGGCUUUUCAGGGAACAGAGAGUUUGGCCUUUCCCAGCUGCGAGAGGGAGCGGCCAGUCACAGUCUGCGCGCCAUCCUCAGCGCCUUAACUCUUCUGCUGUACCACACCUAUGUCACACUCAUACUGGGUACUGGAGAAGGUAAUCUGGUGGAGGCGGAGGCCCUCCUGGAGCCGUACCUGGAAAAGUUCCCCAAUGGGUCCAUUAUCCUCUUUUAUGCGGCGAGGAUUGCUGUACUUAGAGGGAACUUUGAGAAGGCUCAAGUGAAGUUCCAGGAGUGCAUUGCUGCGCAGUAUGAGUGGAAACAGAUCCACCAUCUGUGCUACUGGGAGCUCAUGUGGGUCCACUCAUUCCAGCAAGAGUGGCUGGAGGCGUACCGCUACGCAGAUCUGCUCUGUAGGGAGAGCCGCUGGUCCAAGGCUAUUUAUGUGUACCAGAAAGCCGCUAUCCUGAGCAUGCUCCCUGAAGACGAGGUCAAGAAAACUAGGGAGAAUGUGGUGGAGCUGUUUAGACAAGUAGAAGGUCUGAAGCAGAGGCUCGCAGGAAAGUCCAUCCCUGUGGAGAAGUUUGCAGUGAGGAAGUCUCGCCGAUACUCCUCUUCCAGUCCGGUGAAGCUGGUCAUCCCGGCACUGGAAAUGAUGUACGUGUGGAAUGGCUUCACUAUUGUCGGCAAGAGGCCCGAUGUGACGGAGCGUCUCCUGAUCACUAUCGAGAAGGCAGAGGAGCAGCUGAAUAAAGACCCUAACCCCACAGAGUACCACCCGGAUGACCAGUGCCUUGUCCAGAUGUUGAAGGGCCUCUGUCUGAAACAUCUGGGGCGCCUCCUGCAAGCAGAGCUGUGUUUCACUCAAGUUGUCUCCACAGAGAGGAGAAUUAGAUAUGACCACUACUUGGUGCCAUUUACCCUGUUUGAACUGGGGCUGCUGUACAAACAGCAAGGAGACUUUGUCAAGGCAACAAGGUUUAUAGAGAACGCAAAACAGAACUACAAGGACUACUCAAUGGAGUCUCGGCUGCACUUCCGUAUUCACGCUGCUCUCAGUAGCUUGAAGGGCUCUCCGGUCACUACCCCCUGAGGAACAGUAACCGAGUGACCUUUCCGGCUCGGAAACAUUACUUGCUGUCUUUUUACUUGAGUGUAUUUUGUUUGAAGGUGCAAACUGUUUUUGAGAUUAGUUUGAGAAAGGAAAAACAAAAAAAAAAGAAAAAAAAACAACAACCAUGUUUUCCUCAUAAAUCAAGGAUGGUAACAUGGAAGGAAAAGAGGUUGUUUAUAGCUGUGGUUCCCAGUUAUAAAUUAACCCUGUGUAUGCUGGAUUUUGUUCAGAAACAGUCCAUUGUUGAUCAGCACUGUUGAGCAGAUUGUUCUAUUUAUUGAACAAUUCACACGGUAACAUUACUGUACAGACACUUUCCGUUGCUUUCAACUAGGUAUAGUUAAACUGUCGGUGCAUUGUUGGUAAUAAAAUAUGUGUUUGCUUAUCUUUUCUCUACUGUAGGAAUUCCACAACUUCCUUUUAAUGUUACAGGCUGGAUAAAGAUUUGUGGUGUACCCUGAUUUACGUUGUGCUGUUCGCUAAUUCGACAGGUGACUCGAGGGUCGCUGCUCUACCUGGAAAAACAGUUCACACAAAAGCCGUCAUACACAGGAUAUGACAAGACCAGAGCUGGGAACCACUGCUUAGAUUAAGGCUGUAUGUAAAUUUAUAUUAUCUUUUUUUUUGCCACAGAACAUAUAACAUGGUCAGUGGUUUGGUCAUUUAUACCACACCUGCUUUUGUGGUGUAAAAGAAUUUGCAGUUGCAAAUCAAAAAGUGACCUUUCGGUUAAACUGAAUCUGUGUGUCCACAGUUAUCUCUACUGCAAUGGCAAGUGGUAAUCCAGAAGAGAGGGCCUUUUAACAAAGUUUUAUGUUAAAGAAAUUUUUUUUUUUUUUUUCUGCAGCUUAUAAUGAAAUUUAUGUUUUGGGACCUUUAAUUUCAGUUUACUGUACACAGACUUUCAAAGCCACCCAGUGGCAUACAGAAAAUAUUUUAUUUUAAACUGGUAAUUAUUUCAAUGGCAUUAUUUGGCAUUUUAGUAUUUGAUCGAUGGUAGGUGAUCACAGGAACUCCUAUUCGGGGUAUAGUCUGCUGGUCUAGCAUUUAGAGUUGCUCAUGUCCAUAAGAAUCACUACCCCAAGCUGAGCUGCUACAAACUGAAGAAUAACAGGAUCCAUAUAUUUUUUGAUACAGUUAGCAAAUGGGAACCAUUGAAAUUGUGUGUUAUGUGUAAUGCGUGUGUGUUAGAGGGUCUUAGGAUUGUGAGGCAGGUGGAGUGGAGAGUUGGUCAAUAAGCAGCACAACCUGCCAUUAUGAGAUUAGGGUUUAACAUGUUUCCGCUCCUUGAGAAAACCAAAGAAUGAAAUAUACUGUACGUAAUAUGUAAAGUUUGUCUUACAUGUUGAGCAUGGUUAAAACUCUGGUGAUUGAACAUGGAAACACCAACAUAAAAUAUUCAAUAUCUAUUAUGUACUGAUUUGACCUUGUUUUAGGUUCCUUUUGUUUCCAUGUUCUUUAGUUCAAGCUUUACAUUAAUUAUUUUAGCCUGGACAUGUAUGACAAAUUCAAAGCAACAUGGUGCAGCACCUUGGCUCAUGUGAGCUGUCUGGCCAAAUUAUUGACAUUUACAAUUUGUUAGCAUAACAGUUCUCCCCAGAUUAGAAUUAUUAUCAGGUUUCCGAAAACCUGAAUGUAAAUUCGACUUUAUGAAAUUGUGUGUUGUGUUCCUUUGAAAGGUAUAGAUAAUUUAUUUUGCAUGUGCAAAGAUAAUUACAUGUUGAUCAGCGAACAUUUCAGUGAUGUUUUAAAACAUUAGAACACAGUGCAAUAUUUCCAAAGUGCUGUUUGUAUGUAAUAUUUGUGAAUUCUGUCCAUUCAUUCGUUUUAACUGCAUCUCAAAGCAAAUUGUUCAUGUUUUCAGUGUUUUUUUUUCAGAUUGCUAGAUUACUGGGCAUCAUGAACAAUCACAAUUCCAGCAUUUGUGCUCUUGAUUUAGAAAUAAGAAAAUGAAUAAGAUGAAUGAAAUAUUGGUAUCACAUUCACCAUAUGCUUUUCUUAUACAGCAGAGGAUAAUGUAUAACUAACUUUCUCUGAUAAAGUAUCAAAUUCCAUAAUUAAGAAUUAGUUUCAUAAGUAGUUUCGUAAAUGGAGCAUUCUAGCAUUUUGCUCAGAUCCAAACGGAAGAUGUAGAAAGCCAUAUGCAGACAAACACAAAAUUUCAAUGAUGUUAAAAUCUCUGAAAACGUGCAGUUUUGUUGUUUUUCUGAUCUUCAUUGGCUUUUCCUAUGCAAUGUAUACAAAUAGACCCAAGAUAUUUUAUAUUCUUUAAAGAGAUGCUGAAUCCACUGGCAAAUUGUUUUCGUUGUCAUGCUGUAUAUGUAACUGUGUGAACUUCCAUUAUUACAGACCUUUUUUCUGUAUUAAAUAAAAUGAAAAUCAGGGAAAUUGUGCCGUGUAGAGUUGUAAGGUCUACAGGUUAAUGUUCAGCUCCAUCAUUCAACCGAUCAAGUAGAGACAUAACUUGGUUGGUAAACUUGUACAGAUUGUCGCAGUUUAAAUAAUUUACUAUCUUCCAGCAUCUAAUUUUUGUUAGCAAAUGUCAAGUGAUAUUUUCUUUCCAAAUGACUGCAAUGAAUCAGUAGUGUUGGGCCAUAAUGAAACCCUGCAAAUCCUGCAGUCUGUGUUUGAUGUGAUAGUCCAUCCCUGUUCUAGAGUCACCAUACAUGGUUUAUGUAACUGUUAAUGUUACAUUCAUAAAUAAUGCCAUUUGGAGUCAACAUAAGAAAUGUUAAAGUGUAUUGACUAGUCAUAGUAUAGAAACUAUAUACUUACAGGGAAAGAACCUAAUUUAAGUUUAUGUUGAAAUUCUGUGUAUACAUUAAUUGUAAGCCAUCAUAUAAGUGCUGCUAGUUUUGCUUUCAUUCCUUUUUGUAAUUCUCAGUUGUGGAUCAUCAGAAUGUACUGUACCAUCUCCAGAAAAUAUUUGUCUUGUGUUCCGGAUCCUCCGCUGGCAUUGUAGAAAAACCCAAAAGAAUGCACUGCUACCAGUUUCCAGUUCAAUGUUUAUGCAGAAGGUUGAGUCGGCUGAAAAAGAUUCGUGGCAAACACACAUUAGCGCAUUUUAGUUUGAUUAUUGUGUGUGAGGUUUCUUUUCAUUGUUAGAUAUGGUGCAGUGUUUCACAAGGGUUGCACAAAGGUUUGUUUCGCAGUACCACUGUAAGGCCAGUGAAAAGUACAUUUUGCAGAUACCAAAGUGUGUCGUAUUAUCUGCAGCUGCUGUUGCAAAAAAGUUUAAAUGUCAAAGGUAUAUAAAUAUGGUCUAGUUGAAAUAUUUAAGGCACAGCAUUCUAAUUGCACAGUACGAUGAAGGCUUGACAAAAGGAACAAGGUAAUGCAUUUAAGUACAAUAAGUCAAGAAGCAGGUUAAUUAUUGGGAAAAUGCUGAUAGUAUUUUAAGUGAGAUUGUUAAAGAUUGGAAUUCAAAGAUGGCAAAAGGACAACUGAUUUUGACAAUCAAUUCAUUUUGCACAAUGUUUCCUUGUACCUUAUUGACAAUUUCAUUUUUCAUGUUUGUUAUAGCUUAUGCGUAUAUAUGUAUGAAUGAAUGAGGGUGCCUAUAUCCAUGUAUGCAAUAUUCAGUCGUUUUAUGUUUCUCAUUCUGAUGGUGUUUACAUUACUUUGUCUCUUCAAGUGGAAUUACAUACAUAGAUACUUCUGUGCCUGUUGUCAAUAAAUCACAUAUUGAAAUGUUUAAAAAAAAAAAAUAAAACUUCUCAAGGCUCAACUGUUUUUCACCUGCUGUGCAGUGUAGAAUCCAGCUUCAAGUUCCUGAAAAAUAAAG